ACUGAAGUUGAACUGAUGACGAGGUGAAAAUGGCGGAUCUUUCGAAAUCCAAUCCCGGCCUGAAAUAGAAACGUAGCAGCUAGUCACUUUCAUAGCACUCAAAUUGCUGCCACCAAUUGUUGAUUUUAACACCGAGAGAAAGUGAAAACAAAACAUUUUGCAAACACCACCGAUUCGUCUUUUGGAGUGAAAAAAUGUGAACUGGUCCCGCCAGAACUGACUACUUUAGCAAGCUAGCUGGUCAGCUAGCUAGCUAGCUAACAGGAGCUGCUGUUUUAUUUGCCGUAUUGUUGAGUGGCUGAGCACUAGCUGCAAGAAUGGAUGUGGUGUCCCCGGAGCUCAACAGCCUCCUCCCAGAUGAAAUCAUGGACACGGAGUCCAUCGUGAUGGAGGACCUCCCACUCGAGCCCCCCAUGGUGCCGGGCCAGGUGGUGUCUGAGGAGGCCCCGGUGCCCAUGGAAACGGAGGUGCCCGAGAUCAUCAGCAUGAGCACGGCGGUGGCCCCCACACAGAGGACACUGGCCCUCACCACGUCCACCAGCACGGACUCCGCCCUCUGCAGCAUCAGCUCCGGCACCCAGCUGCUCCUGACCCCCUCCAGCACGGUGGCCCUCAGGCCCCCGGCCUCUGUCGCCACGGCCGUCCACCUCCCCGCCGCCAAGCCCACCAGCCCGGGCAUCAGCGGGGGCCUGCAGAAGCUCACCGCGCCCUUCACCAUCUCCGCCAACCACCAGAUCAUCCUCAACAAAGUGGCUGCCUCCUCGGCAGUCGACGCCAAGUCUUCCGGCGCCCAAGUUCUGAAGCAGGAGGGCCAGAAGCUGGUGGUCACCACCCUGGGGAAGGCGGGCCAGCCCAUUGUGCUGACGCUGCCCCACACUGCAACCAAGGCCAGCCCCACCCAGGGCUCUGGGGACUCCAAGGCCCAGCCCCAGCAGUACAAGGUGUUGACCAUCGGGAGCAGGACAGACCUGAAGCCCGUCAUGGGCGUCCAGCCUGUCAGCACAGCCAGCCAGCUUCUGGGGACUUCCACCCUACAGACCCAGCAGCUUAAGACCGUACAGAUUGCAAAGAAAACGCAGGCGUCUUCAACAGGACCAAUGAUAACAAAAUUUAUUAUCACAAAACCUCUGAACAGCAAAGGUGUAUCAGGAAGAGUCCUGUCACAGAGCUCACCAGGGACGCCCCCUCGAACCAUCACCCUCUCGGAAACGCUCAGCACCACCCAACAGACCAUCUCCAGCAGCAAGAUCGCUAUCUCGCCCCUCAAGUCUCCCAGCAAGCUGACGGUGGUGUCCGUGGCCUCCCAGUCCCCAGCCUCCCCACAGAAGUCCGUGGCCGUUCCACUCAACAUGGCCCUGGGCCAGCAGAUCCUGGCAGUGCAACAGGCCACCUCCACAUCCCCAGCCAAGGUGGUGUCCAAUCACUCCACCCCACAGAGCAUGAAGCCGGUGCAGACCAUGGCCGUCGGGGGGGUGAGCGCAUCCCAAUUCAAGACCAUCUUCCCUCUGGCCACCCCCCCAAACGUCCAGCAGAUCCAGGUGCCAGGCAGCAGGUUUCACUACGUGCGCCUGGUCACAGCCACCACUGGCAGCAGCACGGCUCAGACAGGCAGCCCCAGCACCAACUCGGCCCUCCCCACAGCGAAGCCCAUGGUGGUUAACACUGCUGCAGUUCGGAUGUCUGUCCCCAUCGUUCCAGCACAGACCGUGAAGCAGGUGGUGGCCAAACCCCUCACCACCUCCCCCCAGGUGGUGACCACCAACCAGACCCAGCAGAGACUCAUCAUGCCAGCCACGCCCUUACCUCAGAUCCAGCCCAACCUCACCAACUUACCCCCCGGCACUGUGCUGGCCCCAGCCCCCGGGGCCGGGAACAUGGGCUACGCAGUGCUGCCGGCACAGUGUUUCACGCAGCUCCAGCAGUCCACGUUCGUGACCUUGGCCAGCAGCAGCAGUUUCUCAACACCCACUGGCGUGCAGUCACAGGCCAGGCUGCCUCUCAAUGGCUUAUCAGCGUCAGAUUCUGCAUCAAGGCCAAGAAAACCGUGCAACUGCACCAAGUCGCAGUGUCUAAAGCUGUACUGUGACUGCUUUGCCAACGGAGAGUUCUGUAAUAACUGUAACUGCACCAACUGCUUCAACAACCUGGAGCACGAGACCGAGCGGCUGAAAGCCAUCAAGGCCUGUUUGGACCGAAACCCAGAGGCCUUCAAGCCUAAGAUUGGCAAGGGCAAGGAGGGCGAGUCGGACCGCCGGCACAGCAAGGGCUGCAACUGCAAGCGCUCGGGCUGCCUGAAGAACUACUGCGAGUGCUAUGAGGCGAAGAUCAUGUGCUCGUCCAUCUGCAAGUGUGUGGGGUGUAAGAACUUUGAGGAGAGCCCGGAGCGGAAGACGCUCAUGCACCUAGCGGACGCCGCUGAGGUGCGCGUUCAGCAGCAGACCGCCGCCAAGACCAAGCUCUCCUCACAGAUCUCCGACCUGCUCACCCGGACCACGCCUGCCAUCACCAGCGGAGGGGGCAAGCUUCCCUACACGUUUGUUACGAAGGAGGUGGCAGAGGCGACGUGUGAUUGUCUGCUCGAGCAAGGCAAGCAGGCAGAGGUGGCCAACCAGCCCCAGGCAGCAGCAGAGAGGAUGAUCCUGGAGGAGUUUGGCCGCUGUCUGAUGAGAAUCAUCAACUCCGCCAGCAAAGCCAAGACGGACUGCUCCAUCAACUGCUAGGCCCCGCCCACACGUACCUCCACAGUAGCCCCGGUGCCGGGAGGGGAAGUGCUGGCCCAGGGCGCCGCCCGCCCCUCCCUCUGCUCUCAACUGCUAGGCCUGCUCUUUAUCCUGUCACCUGACUCAGAGCUGCAGCGAGGAGAGCGGCGAUACCAGCCAUUCUGGACCCCUAGCUCCAGUGAUGGGGCAGGCCUAAACCACGCCCUCCCCAGUCCGAGCAGAGGACAGGAUUGGUGGCCAGCUAAGGCCCCUGCUCCGUGAACUGAUAUGCCUCUCCCCCCACAGCCAAGCAGGGGAUUGUGGGAGGAAAAUUCUCCCAGAAGAAAGGGGCCAUGAGGUAUUUGAGCAGGGGAAAGAGGUUUUAACCUCCUGGUCUCUUGGUGCACCACAUGACCAGGAUAAAACGGUGUGCUUUUUUGGGAUUUGUUUUAGAGUGACUUGUGAACAUUUUCGAUGUAGACAUUUUUAUGAUUUUUUUUUUUUCUCCCCUCCCUCCUUCCUUCCCUCCCUCUCUCACUGGAUUUGUUUUAUUGCUCCACAUCAUGCCAUUUCUCGUUCGGUCGUUCCUAUUUUCACGCUCCACCUCGCUCAUUAGCGUGGGAACUGUAUUUUAUAUUUACUAACGACCUCUGCACAUAGAGGAAGUCGGCAAGGAAGCCUGUCAAAUUUGAACUUGCCCUGUUCUAAUCAUGAUUGUUGUAUACAGUAAGUAGCCUUUACUGUAGCUUGAAUUAAUCUUUUUUCUAUUUAUGCUUUUCCCCACAGUUUCCAUGUUUUCAGCUGAUGCUCAGAACUGCAUUAAACUCCCCAGGAAAUUGUAAUAUAAUGCAUCUGCAUACAAAAAAAACUUUACUGUACCAGUGAAGGAAACCCCUAAAGCAUAUUAGUCAGAACUGCAACUGCAAAUUUCCCAAUGUUGUGUAUGAAUUGACCUCACUUCCUCUUGCGGAACACAAUUUGUUGGAUACGGUUAUCAUCUGAGUUUUGCCUCUUUCCAGAAUGUGGCAUAGGCAACUCCCUGGAGUGUUCAACGUCUCAUUUUCAAAAACCAGUUCAGUCUGAAUGGGAACUUACUGGUAUCACUGCAGCUGAGAAAGCUUCUCAUUUCAUGCCAUUGACCAUUUCUAUGUCUGUACCGCUUGCCAGGCUUGACUAGUACUCACUGAAAUAAAACUGUAUCCGUGAGUUUUAACCACAACUCAUAAAAUGAGUUUUCCCAGGUGUCUCACUUCCCAUUUAUUUAUAUAGUGUGGGUGCCCUUUGAAUCUUAGUGCUCUUGUCUGAAAUUUUCUCCCAAUUUAAGAAUUUCAGGAAUGAUGCAUGUGAGGUUUUCCAGGAGUUUAUUGUGACAAAUCCUUUGGGCAUCAAAAAUCUUUUAGGAAUUUCAAAGGGAAAAAGAGCUGUGAAUUCCUUAUCAAGAGCGAAAAGGCUUUGGACUUCUGGAUUGAAAACGAGGACCCCUUUCUCGGAUUGUGGAAAUCCAGUUGUUUGAUCAGGUUGUUUUGAGUCGGGCCCUAUAUGAUUACGAAGGGUUACAAUAUCAAACAUUCAGGUGUACUAAACAUGGUCUUACUCUUCAAAGGCAGAUCUGGUCUUUGUUUAGGAGUGCUGAUCUAAGAUCAAGUUUCCUUGGCCAUAGUCUAGCCUUAUCCAUUAUAUACAAAGGCAUGAGUGAUCCUACUGUUACUCAGAAACACUUUAUGAAUAUUGGCCUAGAUACCAAACCCAUAGUUGUGUAUUUCAGGUUAUACUGUUCAAAAUUCCAUCAUUUUUGUCAACUGAGUCACAAGGUGUUGUUUGCAGUGAUCUUGGUACCUUUUUGGACUCUCUCGGGAAGAACAUGGAAUCCCACCUUUGUCACUCCCAGCUUUCAGUGAAGAAUUCAUCUCACCCAAAACUCUCCCCUGCCCAUUCAACCUCUGUUCACAUAAUCAUCAUGCAAGGUCUAAAAUGAUGACGAUAAGUGUCUGUCAGAACUCAUGCAAAGUGCAGAUAUUUUAAUCCAGCAGAGUGCCUUCUCUUGCAAGUGAACAGGCAUUUCACUGUGGAAUUGUUUUGGUUCUUCUUUUGGACCAGAACUCACACUGGUAAUAAAGGUCGAUAAAGCGUGGUUUCAUUGAAGAGCAGAUUUUAGUAUUUUGUCCAGGUAUCUAAGAAUAUUUCAUCACUUUGCAGGUUUGGGGGAAAAAAUAUGAGUGACAUUUCAAAAAAUUUGUGGAAGAAAACACAUUUUACAUGCAAAUGCUGUGGUACACCCUCUUCAGAUCUUAACCCAUGCUCACUCAGAAAGAAUGUGUUUGUUCUAAUCAAAUGAAAAUGUGGGAAAUGAUGGAAGCUUUGCUCCCCACAAUACUCAUGCCUUAAGUUUCUCUUUUGCUCAGGGCCUUUAGGAAUAUUUUACCCCCCUCCACAUAUCCCUGAAAGUAAAUGGUUGCUGUGGUGGAUCAGUGCAGAGAUUGAAAUAAAAAAAUAAAAACUUUUGAGUGCAGCGUUUCAAAAUGCAGGUACUUUCUGAAUGGCUAGUUUUAAUAGUGCAUUCUGCAACCCGGGCUGUCCUACAUGAGGUUUCAAAGUUUUCUUUUCACCACACCCCCUUCCCCAUAUGGUUUUUUUAAUUGCUCCUUAAUGAUAUGUCAAACCCUGGAGAGCUGCGGUGUGUCCGUUUUUGUGUUUUCCAUUCAAUCAGCAGCCGAUUUAGGCCUUGGAAACUGGGUGUGUGACUGUGCAUUAUCUAAGUGCUGAAAUAAUCUGAAUCCAGUAGACAUGGAGGCCUUCAGUACUGACACCCUUGCUGUAUGCUGAAUGCUCCAUGAAAUGUAGGCCUUGUUAUGAGCCCUAACAGGCAGUCAAAAGAAGGUCAGACUUGUACUCGCGCUUGGCAAAGAUGCAAUUUCUGUAACAGACUAUAUUGGGCCCAUUAUUGUAGUACUGGUUCAUACAUGCUUUUUAUAUAGACCUAGCCUAUCUGGACCAGGUUUUAGUCAUGUUUCUGGUUGAGUGGAUUUUAUAGCACUUGAGACCAUCAAUUGUAUUACACUUGUACCUGCCAAUAUUCUUUGGUACUCUUAACACGUCUUGUCAGAGAACAGCAGAAAUAUUUUAGAACAUGCCAGAAAUGACAUUGUGCUUCCUGUCACAAUGGUCCCAGAUCAGUAUUAAGAAGAAUGGGCAUCACUUGUAUUUCUUCACGGGAUAGAUUCAUGGGUAGUUUUCUAAGGGCUGCCAAUACACUGAAGCACAAGCCACAUCUUCUCCAACUGAAUUUUCUUUCAUACACUUCAAUCAAGUGGCAGUGGCAGGAUAAUUAAUUGAAAGGUUUCGCCAGAAAAGGGAAUUAACCAGGUUUAAAACUACUGCAAAAAAACAGCCAAGCGUCUCUCUUUUUUUCCCCCCCCUCCCCAGUUGAGACAAAGAAUCACGAUGAUUCUUAGUUUGAGUGAACAGGUAGAUGAGUAGAAACCCUGCUCCAUUUCAGGGAAUCCACUGACCAUGUGAUCUUGUAUAAAUGUAAAGUAGUGAGAACAUUAGAGCUUCUUUGUACUUAAUCAACAAUUGCAAUACUUGCUUUUUCACAACGUGAAUCUGUACUAAUAUGUAAAUGUUCUAUUCUUUCCUGCACCUCUGAGAUGUGUAUUGAAGAUCUUGUGUAACAGUUCGGUAGUAUUUGGAUUUGUUGAUUGUAUAUGUUGGUGUGACAAUUUCUUGUUUCUUUUAAGGUGAGAUUGGAUAUUUUUACAUUUCAUUUACUUGGCAUACAUGUAAACCUUUAUUUUCUGUCUAGAGAAUUAUUUAAUUUAUCAAGCCCAUCUUUAUCUUUAUUAUGACAAUAUAACACCUAGUAUCACUCAGAAUGAAAGUAAUUUUUAAUUAUUUGCAAACUUAAAGAUUUAUAUUUAGUAAAAUGCAUAAAAUGUUCUGUGACAGUAUAUUGUAAGCAAACUAUGAAGCAAAUAAAAUUUAUACAGUUCUGUAGAA